CGCCGAGGAGGGCGAGGAGGCGCAGGGCAGCCCCCAGGCGCGGCCGGCGCACCCGGAGGGCGGCUGGCUGAGGACGGACAGCUCGCUGCACCUGCAGUCCCGCAGGCUCUCCACCUCCUCGCUCUCCUCCACCGGCUCCUCGUCCCUCCUGGAGGACUCGGAGGACGACGUGCUGAGCGACACGGAGGGCAGGAGCCAGGGCAUCGUGCACCUGGAGCACGGCGAGGACACCAACCAGAAAAAGGCAUGGCAUACAAUUAAAACCAUGGUUAACUUACCAGUCAUCAGCCCCUUCAAGAAACGCUACUCGUGGGUGCAGCUGGCUGGGCAUACAGGGAGUUUCAAGGCAGCUGAUAGUGGAAAGAUUCUCAAACGCUUCUCAGAGAAUGAAAAGGAGUGUUUUGAGCGAUUGAUGAAAGACCCUCUACGCUCCUGCGUCCCUUGCUUCCACGGUGUGGUGGAGAGAGAUGGCGAGAGCUACAUUCAGCUGGAUGACUUGCUUACUGAUUUUGAAGGGCCUUGUGUGAUGGACUGCAAGAUGGGGAUCAGGACAUACCUGGAGGAGGAGUUGACUAAGGCCCGUGAGAAACCAAAGCUGCGUAAGGACAUGUACAAAAAAAUGAUUGAAGUUGAUCCUCUUGCUCCCACGGCUGAAGAGAAUGCCCAGCAUGCUGUCACCAAACCCCGAUACAUGCAGUGGAGGGAAACCAUCAGCUCUAGUGCCAACCUGGGCUUCAGAAUUGAAGGGAUUAAGAAGGCGGAUGGAACAUGUAACACAAACUUCAAAACUACGAAGACGCAGGAGCAAGUUCUGCAGGUUUUUGUGGAAUUCAUUGAGGGCAACACAACUAUUCUGAAAAAAUACCUCAAGCGUCUGCAGGAAAUUCAUAUCAUUCUUGAAUCCUCAGACUUCUUCAAGCGACACGAGGUCGUUGGAAGUUCACUACUUUUUGUACAUGAUGGCAGUGGGAAUGCCAAUGUGUGGCUGAUCGAUUUUGGAAAGACCACCCUUCUCCCUGACGGGCAGACACUGGAUCACAGGAUCCCCUGGCAAGAAGGCAACAGGGAGGAUGGGUACCUGCUGGGAUUGGACAAUUUGAUUGGCAUCUUGGAAAGCAUCACUGAAAGAUGAGUUGAGAAUGGCACAAAACUGGCAGGGCUUCUCUGUAACUUUCUGCUCUACUGGGCUCACUCAGUUAGAAGGAAACCUUUAACUCCCUUCAAACUCCUGAGGUCAUCAGUGCAGAGGGAGCUGCAUCCAGAACCCAGCAGUUAGUGAUCAAAAUGACUUUGCAUCGGCCCUCUAUGAACCUGAAUAACUCCGGACUGGUCUGUAUUGCACCAGCCCAGCUUCAGACUGGUCCUCAGAGAAUGAAGAUCUCUGUACUCAGGAAUCACACCAGCAUGAGUCAAGAGGUCUGUGUGGCAGCCCAGAAUGAUUCCAAUUCCUGGCAAACAGAUGGGACUCCAGAUUACCUCUUAGUGAGCCAGAGCAAGUUCCUAGGGAUUCAGGGUAGGAAUACAAGUUUUCAGGGAACUGCAUAGUUUUGAAACCAGCAAGAGUGUUUCCCCCCCCCACCCCUAAUUCCAAGUCUCCUUGCUCCUGUGUACGCUAUAGGUUGGACCAACAAUUUCUGCUGCACUGUGUUACGGUGUGCACAAGGUGGAAAUGGGAGACGAUCGCAAGAAACCUGGAGCAAAGGGAGAUAGCAGUUUGUAGUGGCUUGCUGUGGUAACUGCUCUUGACCAUUCCUCCUCUCCCCUACCCUCGCCUUGAUUCACUUCUAUCCAAGAGCAGCCUUUGCUUUUUAUGUAGCCUCUCAGGAGAUUACAGACACUUUAGGGAGAGAAUAGCAGCCUGUUGUCUCUAAACACAGUUGACUUUCAGGCUGGGUGGGCUGCUGGGCAAGUGCCUAGCUUGGCAAGUUUGGCCUCUUGCAGCUGAACUGCAGUUCUGAAAAUCAGUAAUGACUCUUCUGCACACAGACCAGGAAACUAGGGGUUCCAAGGCUUGUUUAUUUUUAAAGAUAAAAGCCCUGCACAUGUGCACACACACGCACUAGUAGCCAGCAACUAAUGUGAUCUUUUACGAUCGUGGUUGGACUGUCUCCUAAUGCACGUGACUUCUUGGCCAUGUUCUUGUUCCCAAAGAUGAUGCUGCCACUUAAGUGCAUAGACUGGUGCAGCGAUCAGGAGGGUAACGUUUCUGCGUUCACAGCAUUACACUAAUGGUGAGAUAAUUUCCAGGCACCCUUCCUCCAGGGUGUCAGCUGGUAACUCAGGGCAGUUUGGGGGAAGGAAUGUCAACAUAUCACAGCCCCUAGUCCCCAUCUGGAAUCGCGGGGCCAUCUGUGGUUCAUUCUUUUGCUGUGGCCCAGGCACAGCCACAGAAAAUUCAGUGUUUAGGUUAAACUGAGAAAGACUGAAGUGAUUUAUUGUAAUGGCUUCACAUACCUUCUCUGUUGGUUACCUCUAGUCACUUGAACAGUUCUUUAAAUACUAGCAGUGUAAAUACUAUCAGUAUUCACAUGUUCGCUCACAUUCCAGGUUUUAACAUGAAUAAUGCGAUGCAGUUUUCAAAAUGAGGACAUGACUUAUAUUACUAUUCGAUUGUUAAUUGCCUUUCAACAUCCAAAGCUAGUAAUACACAUUGACCAGGAAUUGCUGUCUUUUGCUGGUGUCCUGUGCUCAGGAGAGGUUCUGAGAACUUUAGGAUAUGUGAAACUGACUCCAUGCUUUGGGAAACUGCUAUUUCAGUAAUAAUUAUGAUCAUGAGCAAAAAAAGACUGCAGAGUCCAGAUCCGGAAUGAAAUCUAUCUAUAACAUUUGUAAUUAGAAUUGAAGAUCCUAAAAUAACUUCUAAAAUGAGUUGCUUUAGAUAACACACUACUGUACCAAGAGAUCAGUCAGAUUUCAUGGCUCUUCCAUCACCUCUAAACAAACCAACAGUAUUCAAGCUCAGUUGUGACCUAAACAUUAGAUGACAUUGGGUAUCCUGUAGGAAGUAAUGACAUGUGGGAACAUUUCAUCCUAAAACAGAAGUUGCUUGAAACUGGUAAUUAUUUUUGCAGUUUGCUGCAAAUUCAGACUUCUGCUGUGACCUCCAGAGUCCCUCUCAGUAUGUUAAUGAAUUUUCCACUUAGAUGUUUCAGAGGGUUUACACUUUUUUUUCAAGUGACAGCAAGCCUUCAAUAGAGAGCACAGAUAUCAUUCCAGAUGCCUCCUAACUUUUGAACUGCUAUGAGAUGAUGAACUAAUCUGUGGUGAAUUUCAUACAAUUUGAAACUAAAAGUCUUCCUCCUUCCCUGCAGCCAACAGGUAAGCCAUUGGUGAGCAGUGCUUAAGGAGAAUAGGAAGUAAACAGGUCUCACAGGGGAGGAUGUUAAUAACAAUACCUUUUCUAUGAAACUGCACUUGAAAGCAGUCCUACCAUAAUAAAAAAAAGAAAAGUUAGAAAAGAGACUGUGAAGGUGAUAGAAUUCAUUAGUGGCUUGCCUAAUUAAUCUUCAGAGUUAAAUUUCUUUCUUCUUUUACCACAUCUGUGAAUCUUUUGCACCAGUGUAACUUAUUUUCUAGAGGGGAGAGUUAGAGGGUAAAAGUUCAUGCUCAAAUGUCAGUUGAGAAUUUGAGACAAACUUUUAGAAUGACUGUGGAGUACUAAAGGACAACUAGAAGCCAUGUGGUACCAGUGGCUUGAAACAAACCAACUGCUGCUAGCACCUGGAUGGUUUGCAGGACCUGGUCUUGGGGGAAAGCAUGGAGAAUGAUCCAUUCCUCUGCAGUAGUUGAAAAGGUCAGGGGGAAAAAAGAAAACCUUUGCUAUGGCAGACCCUGGUCUGGAAACUCAUUCUAGAUGACAGAUAGUUCUAGCAGGUUAGAGAUGGCUCUUUUGCCUGCUAAGCAAUUAAAAGGGAAGGAGCCACAAUCUUCUGCUGCUGUUAUAGGAAAGGAGAAGAGACAGCUUUUCAUUAGCAAACUGCAAGUUGGGACUGCCGCUGAGCACUGGAGCUCUAAGGGGCUGGAGGCUCUGAGUGUGUGAGCAAACUCCCCUGGGGUGAGUUGGAUACCUUGGCUCCCAUCGCUGGCCCAGAGUGCCUGCCUACCCUCGCUUGUGAGAGCAAGGAAGUGGCACAGCCACCUUUCGCUGUGGAGCCGCUCGCCUUGAAUGAGGGUCAACGUGAUGCCUUUGCACAGGCAUGUGACAUAGAAGAGCUGGUGCGUGAUGACCAAGGCUCUUGUUCACGUACACAUCCAGAAUGUAGUUCUUUAAUGCCUCUGGGGAGAUACUGCCUCACUCUGGAGCCACCGAGAGCACAGGAAGAUAUGCUGGCCCAGAGGCACUUUGGUGCUGAACAGCUAACCUCUGACUUUGGCACCAAGGUCUUUAAACUCACUAGUUAGAUGCAGCGAUGCGUACUGCUGUAGCUGCUGCAUUCCUGUGUGAAUCUAGCAGUAGGACUUCUCUCCCUCAACUUUGUUGGUGACUUGUUUUUUUGGCCUUGGACAACUGUCCUAGGCCUCAGUUUUGUUCCCAUUUUACAGAUGGGAAUAGUACCUACUUACCUCACAGGAAUGGUGUGAGGUCCAUUAUUGCUUGCAAGAUGCUGUGAGAUUCUUUGGAGGAAGGUGCAAUAUCGAAGGAAAUGCACAAACAGAUACAUCAGCUAAGUUUAAAAAUGAUGGGUGUUGUGGCCCCAUAAGGAUAUAAAUUUGGAUUAAAUUUAACCUGUUGUAAAAAUUAAAUCCCUCAAUUUUACACGGGGGGAAUUCACUUAACAUCUGAUCCAGUUCCUAUUAUAGGGAAAGAUUUCAAUGGGAGUUGGACCAAACCCUUAAGUAUCUCAGAGGGCUCUUGCUAUUUUUUUUUUUUAUUGCUGUUGUUAUUAUUUGUUAAGGUAUUGAGAUCAAAUGGCCUGUAUCAUCCACAUGCAUCCGUUCUGAACACUACAAUGCAAUGCUGACCAUGGUCACUUUUGACAUUGACUGUAUUGGUUGAGUGUUUGUUACUCUGAAGUGUGUAUGCUACUAAAUAAAUGAGACUGAAGGAAAAAUGACGUCCA